CCCACCGAAUGAAUGACAUCACACAAUUUCUUCAUUCUUCUUCAGGAGCGCUCGGCUUUUUGAGCAUUUUUCACUCGCCAUUGGGAAAUGGCAGAACAGCUUCUCUUCGUCACUGCCGACCAAAUCAUUGAGACUUUGAGCUCACUGGCCGGCAAAGAGAUGAGACUGCUCUGGGGCGUGGAAGAUGAGAUUGAAAGCCUGAGGAACACCGUCUCAACGAUCAAAGCUGUGCUUCUGGAUGCGGAGAAGAAACAGGCUGGGAACCAUGCAGUCGGUGAUUGGCUGGGAAAGCUAAACGACGCCAUUUAUGAUGCGGAUGACUUGCUGGAUGCUAUUUCCACUGAAGCUCUACGAAGGGAAAUAAGGACCCUGGAGAAGAAGGCAAAACAGGUACGUAUUUUCUUUUCCAGAUCAAAUCAGCUUGCCUAUCGUCUUAGAAUCGCCCUUAAGAUUAAGGCGAUUAGAAAGAGGUUAGAUGCCAUCAACGCCGAUAGGGAGAGAUUCCACUUGGAGGUACGCCAUGUAGAGACAGAGGUGGGUAACAGGGAGAGGGAUAACACCCAUUCUCUUGUACUUGCGGAAGCAGUUAUUGGUCGAGAGGAUGAUAAGAAGGCAGUUAUAGACUGUCUGAUGGACUACAAUUUUGAAGAAAACGUUUCAAUCCUUCCAAUUGUUGGGAUAGGUGGAUUAGGAAAGACUACACUGGCUCAACUCAUAUUCAAUGAUGAGCAAAUCGAAAAGCAUUUUGAGGUGAAAAUGUGGGUGUGUGUCUCUGAUAGCUUCCAUGUUAAAAAUAUUGUUGAAAAAAUCUUAGAAUCUGCAACAAACACGAAACAACCAAUUGUUGAAAUGAAUACACUGGUAAACUAUCUUGGAAAAGAAAUCAAUGGAAAGAAAUACUUGCUCGUGUUGGAUGAUGUGUGGAAUGAGGAUCAGGAAAAAUGGUCUCGAUUGAAACAAGUGUUGAUGGGUGGUGCAAGAGGCAGUAGAAUAUUAGUGACCACCCGCAAUGAAAGUGUUGCAAGGAUUGCCGGGAUAGUUCAAUCAUAUUCCUUAAGGGGUUUAGAUGAAGACGCGUCAUGGUCUUUAUUUAAGCAAAUGGCGUUUGAGAAAGGAAAAGAGCCAGAGAAUUCAAGCAUCAUAGCACUUGGGAGGGAGAUCCUAAAAAGGUGUUUAGGUGUCCCUCUUGCCAUAAGGACAAUUGGAAGUUUACUAGGCUCCAAAAAUCCCGAAACAGAGUGGUUGUCUUUUAAGAACAAUGAACUCUCAAAAAUAUCUCAGAAAGAAAAUGACAUCUUACCAACUUUGAAGCUCAGUUAUGAUCAGCUUCCUUCACAUUUGAAGCACUGCUUUGCUUAUUGUAGUUUGUUUCCAAAGGAUUACGAGAUUGAUAAAUCAACACUGAUUAAGCUUUGGAUAGCACAAGGGUUUGUCAAGUUAUCGGAUCAAAACCGAUGCUUGGAAGAUGUUGGCAAUGAGUAUUUUAUGGAUUUACUCAGGAGAUCAUUCUUUCAAGAAGUUGAAAUGGAUAAGUUUAGUAAUGUAAUUUGA